ACAUAUAUUUUUUUUUAAAUCAGCGAUAGUGUAUUUGUCAUCUGAUCAUUGUGUUUGUUGUUUUUGUGGUUACGUGUUGUUUUGGCUUUGUUUGUAGGGGCGUAUGCAGUAUUUUCGUAAUUGCAUCUGCCCAUCAGGAAAAAUACUGCAAUCAUGGAAACACGGGAAAGCAUAAAUACAGAUGGGAAUGUGCCUAGUGAUGAAGAAUUAUUGGUUGCACCAAACAGUUCUAGGGAAGCAGUUGAAGACACCACGCAAUGGUUCAAGACCAGAUAUGCCCUAGCGCUGAUGGGGUUCCUGGGCUUUGCAAACGUGUACGCGAUGCGCGUCAAUCUCUCGGUGGCCAUCGUGACGAUGGUCAACAACUCUGCUAUUCCUCACGAUAACACCUCCAGCUUCGUGGUGGACACGUGUCCCAUCCCGAUUGCGAACGAAACCAAAGUCGAGCCAGACGGCAGGUUCGUGUGGGACGAGAAGACCCAGGGCCUGAUCCUGGGCUGCUUCUUCUACGGCUACAUCGUGACGCAGGUGCCCGGAGGGCGACUGGCCGACCGCUUCGGAGGCAAGCUGGUGUUUGGCCUGGGUGUGCUGCUGACGGGCGUGUUCACGGUGCUCAGCCCGCUGGCCGCAGAGCUGCACACGGGCUUGUUCGUGGCCAUACGCAUCUUGGAGGGACUCUCCGAGGGCGUGACGUUCCCAGCAAUCUACUCCAUGCUAGCUCACUGGGUGCCGCCCCUCGACAGAGCAAAGUUUGCUGCCUACGUUUACUCAGGCUCUAAUUUUGGCACCAUCGUCUCAAUGCCGGUGUCUGGCUACCUCUGCGACCUGGACUUCUUGGAUGGCUGGCCGCUUUCUUUCUACCUGUUUGGGUCCUUGUCCAUACUGUGGUUCAUCGCCUGGAUAUUUGUGGCGUACGACACGCCCGAAUCUCACCCGCGCAUCUCCUGUGCCGAAAAGAAUUACAUCAUCUCCUCAAUAGGCUCCGUCAGUCACAAGGCACGGCGAAAGGUCCCGUGGAUGUCAAUCCUCACCAGUUUGCCGCUGUGGGCCAUUCUCGUGUCUAAUUGCGGCCAGUCAUGGGCCUUCUACACGCAGCUCAUGGACCUGCCCACCUACCUCAAGAACAUCCUACACUUCGAUGUCAAGCAGAACGGCGUCUUGACGUCGCUGCCUUCGCUCAGCGCCUGGGGCAUGGGCAUAGGCUUCAGCUACCUGGCAAGCUGGCUGCUACAUCACAACUACAUCUCCAUCCUCAACUCCCACAAGCUCUUCAACACUAUUGCAUCGGUGGUGCCCUCGCUGGGGCUGGUGGCGGUGGCGUGGGUCGGCUGCAACCGCGAAGCAGUCACCAUCCUACUGGUGGCGGCGGGGGCCUUCGGGGGUGCCUCUUACGCCGGCAACCAGAUGAACCACAUGGCGCUUAGCCCACACUACGCCGGCACCAUGUACGGCAUCACCAACGCAGCCGGCAACGUAUGUGGCUUCCUGGCGCCGUACGCUAUCGGCGUGCUCAUAGACGGCAAGGACACGCUGGUGCAGUGGCAGAAAGUGUUCUACAUCGCAGGCGCGGUGAACAUCGCGGGCAGCAUUUUCUACCUGGUGUUCGCGUCGGCCACGGAGCAGCCAUGGAGCAUAGCUGCCGCCAAGGAGGACGAGUCUGACGCGGAAGACGACGACGAGGAGCCUCUGUAUCCUUGACAAGUUGCUUGAACAGGCAGUUCAGGUGUUGCAUAUCUGGAGCCAAAACGUCACCUCGCAAGUAAAAUGAACUAAUUAAGGCACUUUGCCUCAUACGUAGAUUUUACGUUGUAAUUCCAAAAAUGGUUGGACAAGAAUUUCUUCAGCAGACAUAAAAUGUUUGCCCACAAUUUUUUUACCUAAUUUCUAUCAUUAGGCACAGUUUAUAUUCUGAUGUAUGUACAUACAUACUGAGUGUGUAUGUUGCUCUUAAUGUUUGCAAAAAUCAGCUGUCUAAUUAUCAUGAUUCUCAUUUGCUUAGAGCUUUGGAAGUAUCUGUGUAAUAUUGACUGCCUCAUGUUUUAAGACAUGUGGGCAGUUUUUUUUACACAGGUACACCAAUACACAUACAUAUAUAUGUGUAUUAGGAAAAACAAUUUUAAUUGUUAAAAUAAUAAUUCUUUAGACUGUACUAAUGACAAUAGUGUGUCCUGUGUUGAGCAUGUCAUAAGUCAUGUAACACAUGCAAGUGAUGUUACCUAUAGAUAGCGCUAUUGGUGUAUUUGUGUUUGUAAUUUUUAAUUUUGUAUUUUUUUUAAAUCAAAAGUAACAUACCAGCUAUCUUUAAAAAUUAUGCAUACAUAUGUUAUUGCAGGAUGUUAUUUUUAUACUCUUUAGCCAUGCAGGAUAAAGGCUUGCUGAAAGCUGUUUCAUCUUUUUUUUUUUUAAUUUACAUCUUGACUCAUUAAAAUUUUUUUCACAUUUCAGUUAGUUGUACCAUGUACGUAACUUGAUUUUAGGUUAUGUUGUCACGUAGCAUCACAAGAUUGCAUCUUGUUCGUGAUGGUUUAAAUAUUACAAAGUGAGUGUAAUGCUCUAAUAGUAUGAUAUGUUUGCUGGAGGAGAAAUCAGGGAAAUGGAGGGGUAAGUUGCAUUUUUAGCUUUUUUUUCUCUCGUAAUAACAUUACCAGAUUUAAUGUUGUGAUCGUGGACUUCUUCAUUCCAAUAUUAUUCUUAGGAGAAAAAGUGUAACUGAAGAAUUUAUGGGUGUGUCACUUUUUGUAAGUGGUCAAUUAUUAUUAUUAUUAGCCAUUUAACACAUGAGUGGCUAAUGGUAAUUUUGAGUGCUUGACUUUGACACAUUUUUCCAUUUUUGAAUAAUAAAGUGUUACAUGGUUUAUGCAUUGCUUCUUGAAUGAAUAUAUUUUUAUUAGUUGAUGCCCAUUAUUUAAAAAAUUUCUUUCCUUUGUUCAAGAAGCUUUCGAAGACGCUGCAGUUGUUUAUGCCAACACUUUGGUGCAGGUUAAAUAUUAUGUUUGCAACAUUUAUGAGUUUAUAUAGUAAAGUAAUUUAUAAAGGUAAAGUUAACUUUUUAUUUAGCAUUAGAUUUACAUAUAUUUAAGUUCCUGCUAGCUAAAACCUAUCUGCCUUGCUGGCAAGGCAGUGUGUAACAAAGAGAACUGUCUGGGUUGUGCGAAUGCUGCUCUUCAUCAAAACAUCAGGUGUAGAACUUUCAUUGAAAUGAAACAAAACUGAGGACAUUUUCUGCUAAGGUUUACCUAUCAAUUAAAAUUGUUUCCACAAUUAACCUCUUUUAUCGCAUAAUUGUCGCACGCAUAUUUUAGGGCGUCAAAAUUUGGAUUUAAAAACCUCUCGCGUAAUCGUUGCAUAGGGUUGCCAACCGUCCCGUAUUGUACGGGAUUUCCCGUAUUCUGUGACUAAAAGAAUUAUCCCGUACGUAGGCAGGACGGGACGUGAUAUUUCCCGUAUCUUGUUUAAAGUUCAAUUCACACACCCGCAUUAAAUUGAAAAAGUAUUUUCCCCGCCUGCGCCGCACCACCUGUUAUAUGUAUUGCGACAUUGCGAGGCUCCUUUUACUCCGCAGUUCACUGGCCACCAAAUAGUUCAUGUUGACGCCGACAGGUGGCAAGUUGUUAAGUUUUUUUGUGAAACAUUGCUUUUUGUGUCUUGCAUGUUGUAUAUUGUGUACUAUAUACCCGAGUUGACAUUUAAUUUAAAGUUGGGUUUGUUUGGUGAAAUGAAAAAUGAGAAAAUAUAUGUUAGGCAUACAUCUAUUAAAAUAUAUUUUUUUAAGUUGCUUGUUAUGGUGUCCCUAGAGGUGGUUCUAAUCUAAGGGGGGCGGGGAAAAGGCUAAGUGGGUUUAGCAAACCUCCCCUUCCCACACUUUUUUCCUGAUCACAUUUUGCAUUGGAGAGAGUUGAAGUUAGUUUACCAAUGUUCAAUCACAUAUGAGAUAUCUGGAAUUUUUAUACUUUGUUAAAAAAAAAUAUCUUUAUGUUUUAAAUUCAUCACUCAAAAAAAUUAUUAGGCCAAUACAAAAAAUUUUUAUAUUUCAACCAGGUGCAUAAUUUAUUUUCAGAUACAAAAACUGCUAAAAUAGCACAAAUUUGCAUCUAGAAAUUCCCAUUUUUCUGGGGGAGGACCCCCGGACCCCCCACUCUAUUAGGUGGAGUUCAGUGUCCCUUAUGCUCAGGUUGAAAUAGUUGGUAACCCUAUCGUUGCAUGAUGUUUUUGGUCCCGCUAUUAGAUUCCAAGCUCUUUGUGUAGGUAUUUUUUCCAUAUAAAACGAUGUAUUUUAAAGUAGAAAUCUAAUAUUUAUUAGGGCAUUACCACUUAUUUAAUUAACGGAAAUACAAAGUUAUCUGAUGUGUAAAUUUUCUUUAAAAGACGUUUUUAAACAUUAUAACAUUUAUCUGUUCUUCUGCAUCACCAAUGUGUACUGCUUAUAAAAAUGUAGCCAGCGCUAGUUGGCAUCAUUCAUGUUUGGUUAUGUUGCUUCCUGUAUAGAGCGCGCACUCGUAGUCGAAUAUCGAUAUCUCGCCGAUUGCAUGCAACACGCACUAUCUGUAGAGUGCUGAGUUAACUACAUCUGAUGGCCCACACUCUUUUGUGGUGAGUGUGUACUAUGACGAUAGUUAUGCAUUCGUUCAGGCUCGCAUUCAGGUCACAGAAUUGGCUUUUCUAUUUAAAGUUGAAGAAAGGUUUUUGUUGCAUGACUUAUUAAUUUAAAUUGUUUGGUGUGCUCUUUUAUACUUUACUUUUUAAAUAAACCUACUUUCCAUGAAUGGGUUUGUUUUUAUGAAUAACUAUACACUAUACCUAACAAUAUUUUUUUUCUUGCAUAAACGUCGCACCUCUACUUUUCAAACUUGAUUUUGGUAUAAAAUGUGCUACGAUUAUCCAAUAAAACACGGUAAUAGAACAUGUAAAAGAAAGUAAUGUAAUUGAACUUGAAUACACAACAUUCAUUAUUAUUACUUAGGUAACCAAAAACUGACAGAGGAUAAAUUAUAAUUAUAAUAUUGUAAUCCACCUUUGUAACCAAACUUUAUUUAAAAAAAGAUGAAAUUUCAAGGAAUUAAAUAAGUGGAAAUAAUUUUAUGAAAUUUUAACGAAUGUUGAAUAUUGAGAGUUGCCUAUAUUAAAGAUAUAAUUUUAUUUAGGUCAUCUUACAUUAGUGAUAUGCAUUUGUUUUAUUUCUCCCUUACAUGCAAAUUGUCUUACAUUUGAAAUCUUACUAUAAUUAAAACAGUCUUAUAUUUGAAGUUGUUUUCUUUAUUUUGAGAGCAUCUAAUAUUUUAAGCUAGGCAUUCUAAAUUCAAGUUUAUCUUAUAUUAGAAGUCAUCCUAUAUCAGGUUGUAUACAGUUAAUGAAAGUCACGAAAAGGUAACGAAACUUUAUUGGUCAAUAAAGUCACAAAGAGUCCUGAAUUAACAGUAAUGGUGCUGCAAGUGAGGAAAUGAUUUUCCCAAUAGCUUUUGCAUGUUGUUUUUUGAUGCCUCACUUCAGUUUAUAGUCACAGUAUAUCCAUAUAGUUAGAGCCUGUUCACUUAGAUCAUGUAAAAAUUAUCUUGGAAAAUGUUUUUGCUUUUUAACUUCAAAAUUAUUAUGUUCUUAUUUAUGUUUAAUCUUGCUUAUAAUAUUAAUAGGACCCUGUGUUAUACGAGUGAAUGAUGGAAAAUUAUUAAAAUGUCUUUAAAUAUUUAAAAUUUGGUUCAUCAAAUAUGUUUAGACACAUUUAUCUGACUUGGUGAAUGCAAUUUAAAACAUUUAAGAAUUGAUAGUUUACUAAAGAUUCUAGUUAGGUUAUAGUAAAGUAUAGAUAACUCCCAACCAAAUUAAAUGUUUAUUAAGCACUUGAUUAUUGAUUUAACUUGAAACUUUUUUGUCGCGAACUUUCGUUACAAAAACUUACUUUCAAAAUUGAAAUUAAUAUUUCAAAUUUUCUACAUUGAUACCAUUUGCACAACCCUAGUAACUGUUGGAUCUGUUUUUUAAGUGAAAUUAUAUUAUUUUGUAGAACAAUGUACAGUAGAACCUUGUUAUAACAAUUUUGUAAGAGUUGGUAUAAAUUUUACAUUAAAGACAACUAUUUAAAAAGAGUUGCAUUUCAAAACAUUUAUUUUGAUUUGUCAGAUAAUUUUUUUAGACAAUUUCCAAUAUACUUGUCUGAAACAAUUGAGAUAGUGUCAAACAUUUCAUUGCAUUAUCGAGUAGUGUUUGAAGACAAAUUUCCUGUUUGAGAAUGUGUUUCAAAUUCAUCUUGCAUGAGAUUAAAGUCUUUUUCACAAACCAGUUCUCGCCCCGUUUCUCAUUUAAAAUUUUUAAUUUUUUUUUGAUGUGAAACACUAUGGAAAAAUAUUAAUAAUUUCUUUUUUAAUUUCUGAAUUGACUAUUUAAAAGUGUUACAUUUUUAAAGUGUAAAUGAAACUUAAAAAACAGGAAAUGUAUAUUCUUGGAGGAACUGUUACGGUUGCGAAAUCACAGUGUUUAAAGGAAGAAUUGUUUUAUGGCAGGGUUCACCUGUAGUAAAAUUAUUAUAUAAGUAGAAACCAAAGUUAUAAAGAGACUUGAAGUAAAUGCUGUGCCUACCACACAAUUUGUUCGUGAAUACAAAUUUUUUCUGUUCCUAACACAUUAUUUUAGCCUUUAAUUUGCUGUUGAUGUUUCUUGUAUGCUACUGUCAUGGAUUGAUACAUUUAAUGAAGUAAAUUUUUAAAUCCAUGUUAAAAUAGUUAAAAUAAUUUUGUAUGACCAGGUGUCAAUAAUGUAACUAUGUUCAAGCUUUUAUAAUUUUUUUUUUUAUUCAAUUGACUAUCAGACUUGUAUUUAAAUGAUAAUGACAUGCAUGUUGCUUUCAGCAUUUGACUUCUGUUUUAAGUUUUUUACAUUUAUAGUGGUUAAACAAUUUUUUGUGCAGAAAAUUAACCAAUACACACCCAAUUUGGCAAUACAACUUGGAUCAACAACAUCUGGGAUGGUGGUCUCAGUCUACAUAGAGGUACUGCUACCGGUGUCUAGGGAGUGAGAGAAUAUGUAGUUGUUAAAAUGGUGAUGCUGAUGUGUUCGAUAGUGCAGUCAGAUGGAUGUGUUGUAUCAGAUCAGCAGAAAGCAUGUGUAAAGUGGCACAAUGUGGUAGGAAACGUACUCGUCUGUAUUUUGUUGUGUAAUGGACAGCUUAUUGUUAUUGCCUGUGGUAGGCUUCCAUUUAAUUAAAGUCUUUUAUGAUGUGAUAUAUACAAUAUAUUUAAUGAAGGGAUGUUUUAUAUUGGUUUUCUGUAUGUUUGUUGUUAGUUAAGUUUGUGUUUAAAAAUAUUUAAUUAUGUGUACAACAUACUCAGUCAUAAUCAUUACUUUUAGCUUUAUAUUAAAAGUUUUUACUCUUAUUCACUUUUUGUAGGAAGGAUAAAAGUAUCUCUGUCAUGGUCUGCUACUUGAAGCUGUGAGAUGCAGUAUCUUGUAGGAUAAGGAACUCUGAAGCAAGACAAUGUCAUAGUAUUUACCUUAGCUCUGGUAAGGGUUAUUUCUAUUACAGGUUAGGAAGAAAACAGUAUUUUUUAUGGGCGAGUUUCACAGGGAUAUUUUCAGCCGCUAGGUGCAUGGUUGAUAUGUCACUGUGAUAUGUUUGCUGUUUGUAAAUGAGAGAACUAUAAAUAUUGAUUAAUUGCCACUCCAGGGAAAACGGUUAUAUCCUAUGGUCUAUAAACUAUCUGUUUUUAUUUUAUGCAUGUGGGAUUUAAAUAAUCAACAAAUUAACAAUUGCUGUAGUCUCCAUACUUGAGAGUUAACUAACUGUGACUAAUUGUGUGACAAAUUAGGGCCCUAAAUAAUUUUGAGAUUGGGGUAUAAAUUUACGGAGUUUAUGUUACAUUAGUUUGAAUUCACACUUUGUAGAAACCAAAACCUAAAUCAUUAAGUAACCGUUUUGCACACACCUUGAAACGUUAACGCUUGAUUUCAAACUUAUUUGAAAAAUGCAUCAUAAUGUAAUUUAGUUAUUUAUUACUGAUAAUAAUGUACAUUAAAAAUACGUGCCCCUAAUUUAAUUGAAUAUUGGGGGUAACUGUAGAAUAGUUUUUCCAUCCUCAGUAUUGUUACAACCCCGUAAGAAGCAACAGUAAACAUGCAGAAGUUUCACAAGUCCUUUUGCUUACAGCAAAAGAAAAUAAAUUAUGGAUGUCACUGAGAAAGAACAUCAUUGCUAUCUGGUAGAGAAACAUUUUAGUGGUUAAGUUAUAACAUUGAUCUUCGCACCCUACAGUAUAAUUAACCCUAGCUUUGGCCUAGGGUCCUAGGGUAAUUAAACACGUGUAUGUAUCUGAAAUAGGAGCUUGCAUAAUGUGGAACAGUUUGGUGUGUAACAUCUCAUCUCUCGGUAUACAGCAUUUGUGGGAGAAAUUUCAUGAAUGCGACGAAACUCAUGGAAUGGAAAUGUGUAACAACCACGGUGCUCCUAUGUGGAAUCAAAGCUCACAAAGCCAAAGGUAAACUUUAUAGUAUUAACUGUUUAACGAAUUUUAACAAAAUAGGCAAUAUUUUAAUAAAAUUCCUUCUCAAAAAUCACGUUCAACGCUGUGUUUUAGUAUUUUUUCAAGUCCUUUUUUGCUUUCAUUGGAGCCGUGUUAUUAUGUACGUAGUUUAAUAUUUUGCUUUGCACAUCAAAUGAUUCCAUAGUUGACGUAGCUGUGCCAGCAACGAAUUCUAGCGACGGAUGUGGAAACUACUUGUAAUUCUUGUCCGCGCACCCAAGCUCACAAAGACAAAAGAAAAUUUUAUAGUAUUAACUGUUUAAUGAAUUUUAACAAAAUAAGCAAUAUUUGAAUAAACUUCCUUGUCGAAAAUCAGGUCCAAAGCCUGGGUUUAGAAUUUUUUCCAGUAUUUUUAUCUGAGCUGUUUCAUUAUAUAGUUUAAAAUUUCAGUCUGCUUAUCAAAUGAGUCAAUAGUAGAUGUAGCUGCUCUGGCAGUGAAUUCUAGUAGCGGGUGCGGAAACUGCAUGUGAUUGAUUCACUUUCACAAAUGUAGUUGAAAACACAGUUUGGGUAUAUUUAUAAAACUCUGCAUUAUUUAAAGUAGUUCUAUGUUAAAUUGUGUGUCUGAGUUUUGUAUUAUAAGUAUAUUUGCAACACGAGAACACAUGGAUUUGUUCAUUACUGAGUUUAGAUGUUACACAUCUUGGGUGAGUAUUGAAAGACUUUCUUUUUCUUUUUUUAAUUAAAAAUACUUGCAACUUUGUCUUAGCAAUUUUUUUGUAUAAACUUUACAUAAAUACAAAUUGCUUGUAAUAGUUUUAAAUUAAAAGUACAGUAAUGAAAACAUGUAUAUAAAGGAAUUGAAAUACUAUACAUAUAUAUAUAUAUAUAUAUAUAUAUAUAUAUAUAUAUAUAUAUACACAUAUACAUAUACAGUAAACUCCCGGUAUAUCGCGCCCCGAUUGAUCGCGGAAUCGGGUAUAUCGCGGGUCAAACCAUGUCCCCCAGUCAGAAAUGAAUAAUAAUAAUGGAAUAAAUGGUUGACAGCCGAUUAGGAUAAUUUUGCGUUGUAACUAACAAACUAAGCAUCGGGCAGAAAAAAGCCUAGGCGUAGAAAAUGUCCGCAGUAAAAUUCUAAACAAGAUAUCUCCGUACAUUAUUCCUCUAUCUUGUAGGGUUUUCAAAUUAUGGUCCAAUCCAGCCCAGUGAUAUUUUCUGAAACACUAGUUCUUAACGUCGCUUUAUCUCACAAAUGAAGCAUCGGACAGGGGACCUGAUAAAGCCCACCUUCCAGCGACAUUGUCCAGCGUGACUCGGCUGGGGAUUGAUGUUGGAUAGGCUUGGUUGUCGGCAAGCGCUGGGUAGGGAGAGGCGAGCCGAGAAUAUGGAGAGAGGUAGAGAUUAGAGCGGGCAGAAACUUGUCGAGGGGGAGUGGGGGAGGGAAUGUGUUCACGCAGCACACAGGCAGAGCAUGAGUCACUUGACUGAGCAGCGUCCCUGCGUACAAGGCAAAAUCAGGUAGUCCGGUGUUUAAAAUUCCACUCCAGAAUCUUAAUUGGUACUUUACUGGACAUCUGUAUAUAAAUGUUUUGUUACAACUUAAACCUACAGACGUAAUAUUAUUGGGUAAUUCAUUGUAUUAUACAAGUUCAUCUUUUUACUUUGGUAUAAUGUUUUAACAUUAAAUAGUAAAGUAAAUCGGCUAGCGUAUUUUUAAUCUUUGCCCAGGAAUUCCCAGUGGUCCAAUAUUUACUUGAACCAUACUGUACCACUUUUGCCGUGAGGUAGUAAACAAGUCCCGGAAAUGUUUAUGUGUAGCGGUCUCCCGACCUUUAAACAGAGGCUGGGGAAUAUAACACUUGCCGAUCCGAGCCACACACACUCAGCAACUCGACACAGCUUUUGGUGAAAUAAGUAAAGACAAAGUUUAACACGGUUUUUAAUACGGUGUCACUGAUUGCGCUAAAAUUAAAUUGGCGCAAUUUUUGUUUCCCACAUGUGACCAUUUAUAAUUUACUGUAAGCAUGGGUAAUAAAGUUUAACCACUUGACACGAAAGACGAUUCUUUAUUUUUUAUUGUACGAAUGCUAGAAUCGUUUUUUUCCUGUAUCUGCGGCCUGCUUCUACAAAAGACAAGCUAUCUGUAAGUAAAUCUAGAAUUUUUAUUUUGUCAAUCAAACUCGGUACUUUGCGAUUCAUAUUCGGUUUGAAGUAUCACUACGGCCUUUCUUUUUAGAAGACUUUGACCACAGAAUCGUGUGUAACCGCACACACUGCGCUUACUUUGUUACGGACACUGACGAAGCAGAUACUGUGGCUAACACCACGAGACUGGCAGCAGCAGCUUGUGUGCCGCACAUGUGUAUGGCGGCGUGUGGCGCGCUCGUAGGCCGUGCGACAAACUGUGCGCGGCACGCGGAAAAAUAAAAACAAUUCAACAUUUAAUAUUUAUCUUUAAAAUUUAUUAUUUUUAUUUUUUCACCCGUGUUUAGUGGAAACUGCGGAUGCAAAGUCCGCACAAAGGCGGGCCGUCUAUACUGUGCGUGCUUGCCGACCUAUUAGAACACAGGCGGUGUUUUAUGCCUUUUGACCUUGGUCACAUCGAAACAUCGCGGUUAUGCAACAACGCGGGUAAAAGUUAUGUCCCCCGACAACCGCGUUAAAUAGGGAGUGUACUGUAUAUAUAUAUAUACACAUAUACAUAUACACAUCACUUAUCAAGAGAUGAAAAAAAAAUUGUUUUUUAUUUAGUAAACUUCAUAAACAAUUUUGGUCACCAAUGAUUGCCGUGUAUUGAAAGUUGGGACUGUUUAUUUACAAAUAGGUAAAUAGUUGCACAUUUAUAAGAAUACAGUGUAGGUCGAUAUAUGUGGUUAAUACAAACAUCCCAGAAUGAUGUAAAGAAACAAUUUGAAGUUUCAAUACUAAUGCCAUUUCUUUAGUUCAUUGUAGGUUCAGGAAACAAAUCUUGGAAAUAUUCCAAAUUGAUGGUAGUAUGUCUCUUUGUAGGUAAUAAUCUACACUUUUAAUUUAUUCUUCUGUCUUAAAUCCUUUUCAUUGUGAUACGGAGGAAAAUAUUUUUUUGAGCCACAGAUGUAGCAGAUGGAAGCUAUCAUAAAUAAUAUGUAUUUUACAAGCCCUAAAAAAAGUAUAAAAUUGUGUACAAGUUUUUACUUUAUUUGAAUUUGAUUUUAAAAUUAUAUAAAAACUGUGAUUAAUUUUGUAAUAGUUUAGUUAAUACAAACCUUGUUAAUGCAAAGUGACAAAAUUAAUGGUCCCUUCAUGUUCGUGUUAUUGAGGUUCGACUCUUACAAAGGCCUACCUUCCAUAUAUAUUCUAGAUCACAGACUUCCAUGGUUUCCUGGUCGAGACCUCGUCCUUUUAGAUAAUGUGCCCGCUGCGUGGUCAUGUCUUGUAGCAGUUGUCAAGGCUAUUACUGAGGCCUGGUGUUCUGUGCAGUAUUUACUUAGUAGUAGAUCCAGCUCAGCUGGGAUUGGUAGAGACAAGAUUUGAUGGUUUUAUUUUUGAAGUGAAACUUCUUUGGGUGCGAUGGGAGUAAAUAAUGCAACGUUGUCGUGAAAUGAUUUCCAAUGCUAAAAGGUUGCAGACGGUGCUGAGAACUCGUGUGUGCAGCUCAGGUUGAACCCUGCCAUGCUGCAGGGAUAGGCAGGUCGUGGCGGUAGGGACCCGCCUACGCCUGACGCCAGCCGACUUGCUGGCAUCUAGUAAGGGAGUGUUUACAGAGGGCAACACAAUGGGGUUUGAGUUUAUUUUUGGAGUAAUAAUUUUGUUAAUUAAUCUUUAUUUAGAAAAUUGUCCUUUUCCUCUCUCUCUCUCUCUCUCUGCCGUUGUACCCCUUAAGGAUUACUUACCUGCCGAGGUUUGAAUUGCCAAAGAAGUUUCACUUCUAUCACAUGUACUGAGUUACAUGUGCUCUUUUGCUGUGAGUUCUGUUUAAUCAUAAUGAUAGCAUCUUAUUGAACACUUAUGACACUCAUAACAAUAAAAAUAAAUUUGCAAUACCAACAUCGUAAUGUAUAAAUGAGUUGGCUAGAACAGUUUUAAAUUUUUCCAAUCUAUUUAGUUCAUACAUUUUUUGUAAAACAUUCAUGCUGAAUAAAAUUACAUUAAUUUAAUUUAAUAUAUAAAUAUUAAAUUUUUGUGAUUUAAGUUUUGACUAAAAAUGCUAAUUGACAUGCUUUUCUGAAUUAUUGCUGUUCAGUCUAUAAUCUUAUUCCUAGUGAUCGGUUAUUGAGGUCAGCCAUGAUUCCCAGAAUCCAGACCAUCCUAAAGGGCAUGGUCUUAACCCUUAAGUUUCAUAUAGAGGUUAGAACCUCAAAGCACAUCCGUCAUUUGUACUUGGCCAUUUCAAAACCCAGCCUCAUUUCUAAUAUGUUUUGUUUUUGUGCAAAUACAUUGUUUUAUGUUUGACCGACACUGUAUUCGGACAUUCAGUAUUAAUAUGUCUGCUAAGUAUCAUCCAUAGAAGAACUAUCUGUGAUCUAAUGUUAUGUUAUUGCCGCAAGGCUGAACAUUCUCAUGCAUUUAUUGUCACAUCUGUGUGAAACGGUGAUUCUGCAUGUGCAGUUUGUUGGUACAUUAAAUUAUAUACCUACUA